AUGGCGGAAACCCUCUCAAUACUCAACGACCCUCCAAAGCUGCUGGAAGGGCCUCAAUUACUCCAUCACCUAAUACAAUGGGAAAAAUAUAGCUCAAAUUGUGCUAUUGAUUUCACAAGCAACGACCGCCGGCGGCAGUACACCUAUCAUGAAAUUCAAUCCUCGGUGGCAUCUUUGGUCUUGGAGAUACAAGAAUCAUUAACCACGGCAAGGGAUGAGAAUCGAGAGAGGAAAGAGUCACCUCAGCAUAUUGUUCCGGUCCUCGUCCCCCAAUCCCCGGGGCUCUACAUCUCUCAACUAUCUAUUUUAAAUUCCGGAGGAGCGUUUUGUCCUAUUAAUCUGGAUGCCCCCAAAGAGAGAAUCAAAUUUGUCGUCGGUGAUGUGGAAGCUCAAAUCAUCAUCACAACCAGCGAAUUUAAGGAAGCGGUGUCUUGGGAAAAUGGGCCAUCCAUCAUCCUCAUUGACGAGUUUCCUGAAGUCCCGGAAGUGCUGCCUCAAUGGAAGUCACCUGAAACCCCACCGGAGCAUCUGGCCUAUGUUAUGUACACCUCUGGCUCGAGUGGGAAGCCAAAAGGCGUUGCUGUCAGCCAUUUAGCGGUCUCUCAAUCUUUACUAUCUCAUCAAAGACAUAUACCCCAAUUUCAACGAUUUCUUCAAUUUGCCGCACCUUCUUUUGAUGUCUCGGUUUUCGAGAUAUUUUUUCCUCUCGUUCGGGGCUCUACUUUAGUUGGAUGCAAUCGGACCCAACUCCUCAAUGACCUACCGGGGACCAUUACUAAGUUAGAAGUUGAUGCCUGUGAGCUCACACCUACUGUUGCCGGCUCCCUUCUCCAGAAAAGAGCUCACGCGCCUGGAUUGAAGCUUCUUCUGACAAUUGGAGAAAUGCUUACGUGGCCGAUUGUUGAAGAAUUUGGUGGCUCUGAAACCCAAGAGACUAUGUUAUAUGGCAUGUACGGGCCGACCGAAGCCGCAAUCCACUGCACUGUGUACCCGGCAAUGGCAGCAAAUACCAAGCCCGGUAAUAUAGGCAUUCCAUUUGACGCUGUUUCUACAUUUAUUGCAGCAGAAAGUACCCCGGAAGAUGAGCCUGAUACCAUGAAAAUUCUACCUCUCGGCGAACUUGGAGAGUUGGUUUUAGGUGGUCCACAACUUGCACGUGGCUACCUUAAUCGACCAGAUCAAAAUAAAUUGGCUUUUGUGCAUGCCGAUGGCAAGAACCUUUAUAGAACCGGAGAUAAGGCCCGCCAGCUCAAAGAUGGAACAAUUGAAAUACAUGGCCGUAUGAGCGCUGGCCAGGUCAAACUCCGAGGUCAAAGAGUUGAACUUGGAGAGAUAGAAGAGGCUGUUUACAGGCAUCCAGGCGUGAAGACUGUCGUUGCCAUGGUGCUUAGUGGGGCACUCGUCGUGUUUGCUCUUGUUGGGGCUGGUAAUUCUAAUCCUGAUCAAGUCCUCAAAACAUGUGCAAAAUGGCUACCAAAGUUCAUGGUGCCUAGUGAGAUUGUCUUGCUACAGGCUUUCCCAUAUUUAACAUCGGGAAAGGUGGACAAGAGGCAGUUAGAGGCAGAUUAUAAGCAACGACGUGAGACUGAAGCAACUGAUAUCCCAGAUUCAGCUACGCCUACUGAGCGAGUUGUGGGAGAAUCCCUUCGGCAAUUACUGGGACCGUUCCCAGCAAAUAUGCGUCUAACUGCUGCCGGCCUUGACUCCCUCAUGGCAAUCCGAGUUUCUUCAAAGUUGCGAUCGUCUGGUUUUAACAUAAGCACCGUUGCAAUCCUCCAAGUCGAUACCCAUGCCUCACUAGUACAGCUCUGUGAGGAGUCAACCUCAAUGGAGACAGGGAAGACUAGUCCUAAUGUCGAACUUGCAACGUCUGAUUUGACUGCGGUGUUGAAUGGUAAUACAUUCGACGUCGAGUCAACAAUGCCUUGCACACCACUUCAAUCGGCAAUGCUAUCAGAGACUGCGGUUGACCCGCGAGCAUACCAAAAUUGGGUAGAAUUGGAGCUAUCGGGUGUUACGGACCUAAAGCAAGUUCGAUCGGUCCUUCAUACUCUUGCUGAGAAGAAUUCCAUCUUACGGACGGGGUUCGCGGAAUCACCUGUCUCUAGUGGGUUUGUGCAGAUUAUAUGGAAAGGCCUCGAAGACUCCCAAAUUGAGUUUGUGGAAAAUCUUCUCUAUGAUUUAGAAGUGUCCGAUUACGUCUCGCUCCAUCGCCCUGUUAAAGUGCAGGCGCUACAAGCAGGUCAAAAUACAAGACUUCUGAUACAUAUUCACCACGCAUUAUAUGACGGAUGGUCUUUGGAACUUCUUCUGGAUGACCUGGACGCAAUGUUGAUGGGAAUGCCUACACCCUCACGCCCUCCUUUCUCGGACGUGGUGCAUGGGUAUAUGGACGGCACGCUUGAGACAGAUAAUUGGGAAUCCAAAGAAUAUUGGAAGGAUCAUCUCGCCAAUUUGAGCCCAAGGAAAAUGCCAAACUUCCAUAGCAGAAAACAUCAAUCUACUGGAUUGGCUGUUGCUCGGCUGGCGACGUCUAUUCCAACCUCUGAGAUUGAAGCUGCCGCAAGAUAUCUCAAUUCCAGCUCACAAUCUAUAUUCCAAGCCGCCUAUUCACUGGUCUUGAGCUCGUAUCUCGGGUCAUCUGAUAUUUGUUUUGGCACUGUGCUUUCAGGCCGGACCUUACCUAUUCCAGGCAUCGAAGACAUCGCAGGGCCAUGUCUUGCAACGAUGCCUGUCAGAAUAGAUCUAUCCGUGUCCCAGAGUAUUCAAGAAUUAGCUCAAGACCUCAAUUUAACGAACAGAAAACACCUAGAACACAGCCUAAUCCCGCUCCGCGACAUCAAAUCCGCCUGCGGUAUAAACUCGCGCCAACCUUUGUUUGAUACGCUCCUCAUCUGGCAGCAAACAUUGCAUGCAUAUGACCAUACCAGAGAUUGCGUUCGCCUAGUAGAUACUGCUGAUAAUCUUGAAUUCAACCUAACUUUGGAGGUGAUUCCAGGGACUGGAAAUGUCGAGUUAAAAGCCAACUACCAGAAAGCCAUUUUUCCGGAAUCACAAAUCAACCUACUUCUUCAACAGAUAGAGGCACUUGCUAAGCUCGUGAUCGGAGACCAGGCGCAACCCAUCACCGGGGUUUUUGAUGCUAUGGAUGAUGAGCUCCUCUCAGUUGAGAAUCCCUAUCCCAAGAAGGUCGUCAACGAUGAAACUCUGUCUUCUCCGGUUGAGAGAAUGGCAACAACAGACCCAAGUCGGCCGGCAAUUACUUUCGCCAAAUCAAUUGACUCAGAUAAGGUCGACACUUCCAGCAUAUCUUACUCUAAACUAAAUGAGCUGAGCAAUCAAAUGGGCCAUCAUUUGCUCUCCCUCAAUGUUCUCCCAGAUGAUCUUAUUUGCAUCUGCAUGGAGAAGAGCAUCGAAUUAUAUGCAUCCAUUCUCGCCACUUCGAAAGCGGGCGCUGGAUAUCUUCCACUCACGCCAGAUGUUCCUGAUGAGCGACUUCAAUACAUAUUACGAGAGGCGAACGUCAAAGUCGUUAUGGCGCAAUCAUCCUCGAGGCCACUGCUAAAGUCAUUACGUGAUAUUGCUGUUGUCUAUGUCGACGAGGUGGAUUUCUCGGCACAAUCUACUGAAAAUAUCCUAUUGGUAUCUUCUCCAGAGAACUUGUCAUAUUGUGUUUUCACGUCAGGCAGUACCGGCACUCCCAAAGGCGUACUAGUGACACAGGGCAAUCUUCUGAGCAAUUUAACUGCCCUGGAAGAAAUAUAUCCGGCAACCGCAGAUUCUCGAUUUUUGCAAUCCUGUUCCCAAGCAUUCGAUGUAUCCGUCUUUGAAAUUUUCUUCACCUGGAGAGUUGGGGGAUGCAUCUGCUCCGCAACCAAAGAUGUGAUCUUCCAAGACAUUGAAAACGCUAUCCGUGUAUUGAACGUCACGCACCUAAGUAUGACUCCAACAGUAGCUGCUUUAGUCAACCCCGACAAUGUUCGUCAAGUGCAAUUUUUGGUUACAGCUGGAGAAGCAGUCACGGAACUAGUCUUCAAGACUUGGGUCGACAAGGGUCUAUAUAUUGGUUACGGUCCAAGUGAGACGACCAAUAUCUGCACAAUCAACCCCCAGGCCACGCAAGAUGACACGACUACUAACCUCGGCCCACCGCUAACGAACACUUCUGCGUUUGUACUAUCUCCCGGUCAAGGUGUAUCGUUUGUACCUAGGGGAGGAGAGGGUGAGCUCUGUUUCGGGGGCUCACAGGUCUUCCGUGGUUACAUGGAUCCGAACCAGACCGUUGGGAAAAUCAUAGAACAUCCAAAAUUUGGGCGCCUUUACCGUUCUGGCGAUUUUGGUCGUCUGAUGCCCAAUGGAUCUCUGGAGUUUACUGGAAGGAAGGACGAUCAAGUCAAGAUCCGAGGCCAACGGGUGGAGCUCGGCGAGAUCAACAAUGUAGUUUCGAGGUCAGAGGGAGUACAGGACUGUGUGACAAUUGUGAUUGAAGGCAAGGAAAAUUCGUCACAACUCGUCUGUUUCUGGACUCCAGAGUCGGAAAGAUCCGCAUCUUUCAGCUGCCUACAACCUGAUCCAUUAGUUAUCUCUGCACUCUUCAAACAACUUGAAGCAGCGCUCCUGGCAUAUAUGAUACCUUCAGCACUCGUCCCUGUCUCCUAUCUCCCAUCAACACCGCAAGGGAAGAUUGACAAGCGGCGUCUGAUACGAGAGUUUGAAGCUCUUGAUAUUAAGUACCUAGAGCGUGCUUCUCAAGUCUCUCGCAGUGCUUCAGACCACCAAUGGACGGAUCUCGAAUUGGACAUUGCAAAGACUCUUGCCCAAGUUACCAAUGUGGCUGUUGACCAAAUCGGCCCCGAUACUUCAUUCUUCACUCUUGGCAUAGACUCGAUCUCCGCAAUAUCUUUUGCGAGGAUCUUGAGGGCGAGUACCAAGCACCGAGUCGGAAUUUCCGAAUUAUUGAAAUACUCAUCGGUGGUAAGAUUGGCAGAGCGAAUGGUAUCCCAUGAGAAGAUAGAUAAGGUGGAAACAUCGAGACCUGAAGAGAAAGAUUUUGGUUUUGGUCAGAAAUUCUUAGAUGCCACGAUUGAAAGCUUUGCACAGGCAGGGAGACGGGUUAAAACUAUUUUGCCUUGCACACCACUACAAGAGGCCAUGCUUUCAGCAGGUGAAUCAUCAUCCGAGAGCCUAUACAGUAAUACUGUUACUUUGCAGGUCCAUGGCGACCUGGAAAUAAUUCGGAACUGUUGGAAAGAGAUGGUAAGGAGGCAUGAGAUUCUCCGUGCAUGCUUCGUCAGCACAGAUAUACCCCGCUACGCAUAUGCUCAGGUUAUUCUAGAAAAUUAUGAUCUUGAGUUUGGGUCGAUUGAGGAAGGACAGGAACCCGCACAACUCAUCCAAGCAGAUGAAGCACCAGCGGGAUUAAACAAAUUUCAGCCCCCUUACAGCAUUGAUGUUGCUACUUCUGGAAACUCCACGAAGCUACUAAUAUCGAUGCAUCACGCUUUAUAUGAUGGAGAGGCUCUUGCAAUUCUGUAUGAGGAAGUCGAGAGACUUUAUCAUCAUGAGCCCCUCCCACCCCCGGUUUCGUUCGCCCCAUUCCUGCACUCCGUAACUGGGAUUCAAGUGACUGAGUAUGAACAAUUUUGGGGAUCCGUUCUGAAAGAUUAUUCUCCUACCGGAGUCAAGGGCCGCUUUGCGGUGCAAGAGGCCCAGCCAACGAAAGAUCAUACCCAAAUUCAGCGGAUCAGUACACAAUGUUCCCUAUCUUGGAUCGAAGAUAAUAUUAAAAAAUGCGGUACUUCUCUCCUAGCAGUUUGUCAGACAGUCUGGGCCACUAUUUUAUCCGAGAAACUUCAAAACAAAGACAUAUGUUUCGGCAACGUCGUUAGUGGUCGUACAGUUCCUAUAGAAGGAAUUGAGAGACUCGUAGCACCUUGCUUCAACACAAUCCCGGCACGCCUACGGGAUACUCACAGUCUCUCAUAUCUGGAAGCGUUCCGAAAACUCCAAUCUCUCAAUGCCGAUUCAAUCCCAUUUCAGUUAACACCUCUACGCCGUCUCCAAUCAAAAUUCAGUCCUGACGGUACUCGCCUUUUCGAUGCCCUUUUCCUUCUACAACAGCCGUCAAAAGCUCUGGAUUCUUCCAUCUGGUCAAUUUCAGACGAUAGUGGCGCCAUGGAUUUCCCCCUUGUUUGCGAGGUCGUUCCAGAUCGCGGCGAUGAUACCCUUGAGAUUAUAUUGCAUUAUUAUACUUCUAUCAUCUCUCCUAAUGAAGCCCUCGAGCUUUUGAAAUCCUUUGAUGAGAAAAUCCAAAUCUCACUCGACAACCCCCGUCACCAACUUCUCUCGUCCACCGUUAAAGACCAAGUUAUUGAGAGCUCAAUCAGCAGAGAAUUUUCCAAGUCCGAUGCUACGAAGCAGAGUUCUUUGUCCACAGAAAUGACUUCUGAAGAGAAAAUAAUGCGAGAUAUUAUUUCGGAUUUCACAGACAUGCCAAUAGAAAGAAUUGGUAGAGAUGUGAGCAUAUUCCGGCUUGGUCUCGAUAGUAUCAGCACUGUCCAGGUUGCUACACGCUUGAGAAAGUUGGGCUACCGUGUGAUGGCUAGCGACAUUCUAGAGAACCCCACCAUCACGCAGUUAGCUGCACAUCUUAAAAGCCAUAGUGACAGUCCCUCUCAAGACGUAAGGUUUGAUUUCGAAGCUUUCGAUAAAGUCCACAGGGAGGCCAUUUCUAGAAGCAUUGAGAUACCCCUCGCCCAGAUCGAGGCCGUUAGACCAUGUACUGCUGUUCAACAGGGGAUGAUUGCCCAGAGCUUACAUUCCAACGGCCAAGAAUAUGUGAAUAGCUUAUGCAUGGAGUUGUUACCGUCAUUACCUAUAGCGACACUCAAGAGCGCUUGGGCCGAGGCUUGCAAGGAGCACGAGAUGCUCAGGACUUUCUUUGUGCCAAGUGACGAUUCUCAACACCCGUUCGUGACGGCACUCUACGCAAAAGAAUGGUUUUCGUUGCCGUUUUACGAGGGUCUCCAUGAAGAUGAAAUUCCAAACCAAGACCUCCAACGGCCUUGGUCUUUGGCGCUCUUGGAAAAUAUUGGAAAAGUGACGGUUAAGCUCACAGCUCAUCAUGCAUUGUACGAUGCGCAAUCUAUUUACAUGAUUCUUGAAGAUGUUGCAAAGGCUUGCGUCUCAAAUCCAAUUACCAGCCGCCCACCGAUUACUUCUCUGCUAGGGGCAAUCCUUGAGGAAAGCGGAAAGGAUGUUGAAGCCAAAAAGCUCUUCUGGCAGCAAGAAGAAAACAGGAUAAUCGUUAAUAAAUUCCCCGAUCUCACGCCUCUUCAGAAUCCCUCUGCGACUAGUGCUGUCCGAGAGAUCGAGUCCCAAAUCUCUGCUGGAGAGCAUGAGGAGAGUUGCAGGGAGCAUGGAGUUACUAUGCAAGCAGCUGGACAAGUGGCAUGGGCAAGAUUGCUUGCGGCAUACAUUGGAGAACCCUCGACAACAUUUGGAAUAACUCUAUCUGGUCGUUCAAUCCACGAAGAAGCGAACCACAUCGCUUUCCCAUCCAUCGUAACUCUUCCAAUUCGAUGUGAUAUCAACGGAACGAAUGCAGAUUUACUAUCUAGAGCUAUGAAUUUCAACGCACAGCUCCAUAGGCACCAAUUCACGCCCCUUACUUCCAUCCAGAAGUGGAAUGGGCUUCUUGAAGGGAAGACUUUUGAUACGUUAUUUGCGUAUCAGAAAAUGCCAUCUUUCGAUAAUGAGAUAACGGCGCCGUGGAAUAUCGCCCACGAGGAAGCUUCCGUGGACUAUGUUGUUUCCAUGGAAAUCCAGCCGGUGAAGUCUGGUGCGCUUGCGCUUCGGUUGACUUUCAGAGAAGAUCUUGUUCCCGCCGAGCAUGCUGAGAUUAUUCUUAGACAGUAUGAUUCUCUUCUGAUAGAUACCUUGCGUAACCCUCACAGCGUUAGUGAUGUGGCUCCAGAUCUUGGAACAGCUCUCUUGUCAAUCACGCCCGCUGAAGAGCCUGAGUUGCCGGAUUCCGCCCAACUUCUGCACCAUUUCGUGGAGAGGGGUGCCCAACAGUGGCCGAGCAAAACCGCAUUUGAAUUUGCAACUAGGCUUGAGCCCGGGAAUGUUCAGACUCGAUUUUGGACCUACAGCGAGCUCGAUAAAGAAGGCAACAAGAUCGCGCACAUGCUUAACCAACGGGGUAUCAUCGCAGGCGAGAUCAUAGCCACCUGCUUUGAUAAAUGCCCAGAGGCAUCAUUUGCAAUCAUCGGCAUUCUCAAAGCUGGAUGUGCCUACGUUGCAUUGGAUCCGAAUGCGCCCGGUGAUCGCCUUAAAUUUAUUAUUGAAGAUUCCGGAGCGAAGUUGAUACUUAGCGCUGGGAAAACAGGACACACCUUAGAGCGUGAUCUAGAUAGCAACGUGAUCAUGCUAGAUUCCCGGGCGAUCUACGCCGAUUGCACAUCUGACACGGUAAAAUUAACCAGAGAUAUCAGUCCACAAGAUGUUUCAUACUGCCUGUACACAUCUGGAACAACUGGUACGCCAAAGGGGUGCUUAAUUACCCACGAGAACGCUGUCCAGGCAAUGUUAUCAUUCCAACGCCUCUUUGCAGGCCAUUGGACGGAGGAAUCAAAGUGGUUACAAUUUGCAUCUUUCCACUUCGAUGUCAGUGUUCUUGAACAAUUCUGGAGUUGGAGUGUGGGGAUCUGUGUCGCUUCAGCCCCGCGAGAUCUUAUAUUUGAGGACAUCCCCGGAGCGAUCCAGGGAUUGGGCAUCACGCAUAUUGAUCUAACACCCAGUCUUGCCAGACUUCUCCACCCCAAAGAUGUCCCUUCUCUAUGCAAUGGCGUUUUCAUUACUGGGGGAGAACAACUGAGACAGGAAAUCCUCGACGUCUGGGGCGAGAUUGGAUGUAUCUACAAUGGAUAUGGGCCAACGGAAGCUACGAUUGGCGUCACGAUGUACCCGCGCGUUCCCAGAAAUGGGAAGCCUUCAAACAUCGGUCCACAGUUUGAUAACGUGGGAUCUUACGUCCUGAAGCCUGGAUCGACUCUGCCAGUAUUACGCGGUGGCGUUGGAGAGCUAUGUGUUUCUGGAAAAUUGGUUGGGAAAGGUUACCUGAACCGUCCCGACCUGACAACUGAAAGAUUCCCAGUUUUGGACAAUUUUGGAGAACGCGUAUAUCGCACAGGCGACCUCGUGCGGAUACUCCACGAUGGGAGCUUCUUAUUCCUAGGCCGGGCAGACGAUCAAGUUAAACUGCGUGGCCAACGUCUUGAACUCAGUGAGAUCAACGAAGUCAUCAAGAAGGGUGUCAAUAACCUUCAAGACGUGGUGACGCUUGUACUGAAGCAUCAGGCUCAACAGAAGGAACAACUAGUUACUUUUUUCGUUGCCGAGGUAGACUCAAGUUCAGCGGAUCCUGCCAGUUUGAUUCCUGCAAUGAAAGAGGCUUGCAAAUCACGGCUUCCAGGUUACAUGGUACCAACGCACUUCAUUCCGAUCAAAGCGCUGCCACUUAGUGCCAACAACAAGGCUGAUUCCAAACAACUCGCGGCGAUAUAUAACCAGUUGGACACUGAAGAGAUCCAGAAGUUAAGUCAUUCGACUCAGCGAGACGCCGAUUGGAGCGAGAACGAGAAGAUAAUUCUGACCACCAUCGCCAAAACCCUGCGAGUUGAAAUACCAGCCUUGUCUCGAGAUUCAAAUAUCUUCGAACUAGGACUCGAUUCAAUUUCAAUUAUCGGAUUCUCCCGCGCUCUGCAAACUGCUGGUCUUGAGAAUGCCAAACUUUCCGUCGUCAAGAGCAAUCCAGCCAUGGGUGGACUCGUGGCCGCUCUUUCCAAUGGAAAUGGAACAAGUUACCAAGAAAAUGAAAAUGCUUACGUCGCUACGAAACAACGAAUCGCUGCAUUCGAGCAAAAGUAUAUGGUGGGGAUAUGUAGAGAGCUAUCCGUCGAAGCAGCGGACGUCGAGUGCAUUUCCCCUUGUACCCCCGUGCAGGAAGGGAUGGUAUAUCGCUUUCUUGAAAGCGAAGUUCCUCUUUACUUCAACCAGUUUGAUUUUAAACUCACGGGAGGCAUUGAUACGGAGAAGCUUCUUGCCGCUUGGAGCCGAGUGGUCUCUCAGUCUCAGAUAUUACGCACAAAAUUCGUGGUUACUGAUGAUGGGUAUGCGCAAAUAGUUCUGAAAUGGCUCGAUAUCUCUUGGGCGAAUUCAUCUGUUGAUUAUGCAAAGUUGGAUAAGUCCUUGGCUCUAAGGACUCCAUUCAAUCUGGCUCUUGAAGCAACUUCCUCAGGCAACAUCAUGAGAUUUCAGGUGUUCCAUGGGCUCUACGAUGGAAACAGCCUGACAUUACUCCUUCAGCACGUUGUUGGCGAGUACAACCAAACGGAGCAUGUGGAAUAUGGCCCAUCAUUCCAUUCAUCGCUACCUUAUGGACCAUUAGCUCGAGUUAAAGGAGCGCAGGAAUUCUGGAAGGAGCACCUCCAAGAAUGGAGAGACCAUACCAUUCCGACACAGUCGGAAGCACGCGACGAUAUCGUGGAGAACAGUACCCGGAUCAACCUCGCAGGCCUUGAAGACUUUCGCAAAACUCUAGGAGUCACACCUCAAGCCGUCUUCCAGGCGGCCUGGCUUUCGGUGCUACAGGAAAUUCUAUCUCCUAUCCUUACCAUCGGUAUAGUCACCUCCGGCCGGGCCAUAGACUUUGAUGAUGCAGAGAAAAUAAACGGUCCGCUCUUCAACACUGUGCCUUUCCACGUCAAUAUUGAAUCUAAAAUGUCAUUCGCGGCUUUGGUCUCCAAGUGCCAUGAAUUCAACAUGCGAAUGCAAGACUUCCAGCAUACACCUUUAAAUGACAUUCAGAAAUGGAGCCCAGCCGGGGCAGGCCAAGCAUUGUUUGAGACUCUGUUCGUUUUUCAGCGGUCUCAGGUGGGGGAGGAGGACUAUGCCAGGGGUCUGUGGCUUGAAGUUGACGGCGAGCAAUUUGCUGAUUAUCCAGUGGCUUUUGAAGCUGUGCUUGGCCCGGACAAUAAUCAGCUCGAUAUGACUAUUGUUGCGCAAGGUUCUGUCCUAACCCAGUCCGAUGCGAAGGCUUUAUUAGGGAAGAUGGAGAAGGCGAUACAAGACAUCAUAGAGAGUAAAGGACAAAUCCCUAUUCUCCCUCACGAGCACAUUGAGAAUGGACUUCCGAUUCUUCCUAACGGGUCUGUGUCGGACCCUCUUUCAAGCACUCCUUGUCAAGAGCAACCCAUCGAUAACCCAUUCGAAUGGACCGAGGAAACCAAAGCAGUUCGCUCGGAGAUUGCGUUGCUUGCAGAAGUCCCAGAAGACUCGGUCCGCGAGACAUCCUCAAUUUUCGAACUCGGCCUUGAUAGCAUCGAUGUUAUCAAAUUAUCAUCUAGACUGAAGAAACGCAACAUCGAGAUCCUUGUUAGUGCUAUUAUCAAAUGCCAAACUAUUUCGAAGUUGGCACCCUAUGCCUCCAUUGGUGGCAACCAAGACCAAGACACAUCCUCCGGCAAAUUGGUCCAAAAUAUCAGCACUGCCCUAACCAAGCACCUGCAAACUACUGGCAAACUACCCGCCGGAACUGAACAGGUUUUACCAGCGACUCCACUCCAAGAGAGCAUGGUCAACGAGAUGUUGAAAUCUGAUUAUGAGAGAUAUUUCAAUAUUGAUGCUUUAAAACUUCAUGAGAAUAUUGAUCCAGGGCGAUUAAUGGCUGCUGCUAAGUCAGCCGUUGAGAACUCCCCAAUUUUUACCAGCACCUUCAUCGAGAUUGAAGAUCCGCAAUUGCCCAUAAGCUAUGCCCUUGCGAUUCUGUCCCCAACAGAAAAGAAGCUCCUCACAUCUACAAUCAUCUUGCCUCAAGACCAAAGCUUCCAAAACUUCAUGAAGGAUUUGAAAGUUGAUUGUGUUCGACGAGCCAAAGCUCAAAACGCCCUAUUCCAAAUGUACUUGAUCGAUGCAGGCUCAGCACAUUAUCUUGUUAUGGCUGCUGCACAUGCCUUGUACGAUGGCACCUCGAUGCAAGCCCUGCAUGAAGAUAUCGCGAUGGCCUACAAUGGACAAUUCUCGCAGAGACCAGACUUCACGCCAUUCCUAGAGCAGGUUGUCCAAUCAACCACCGAGGAUGCAAAGAAAUUUUGGAGGGCGACGCUCUCGAAUUUGCCAUCCGCGGAAUUUCCUAAAAUGGAGCUUUUAGAAGGCACUGAUACAGCUAUGCACCGGCAACAGCAGCAAUCCCACAUCUCGAUCAAAGAUAUCGAAACACUUUGCAAAUCUUCACGAGUCACCCUACAAACCCUUGGACAAACAUGUUGGGCACUAGUGCUGGCGCAUUUAACAGGCCAACUUGACGUUGUAUUCGGCUCCGUUCUUUCGUGUCGUGAUACCGAAGAGGCUAGUGAAGUCAUGUUUCCCUUAAUGAACACGGUAGCUGUGAGAUCAGUACUCCACGGAAACUUGGUCGAGUUACUAGCUCAUAUGCAAAAUUUGAGCGACACCACCCGCCAAUAUCAACACUUCCCACUUGGAACGGCCCAGGCGUAUGCUCUUGCAUCUAGACUUCAUCGAUCGCCAACAGCGACUACUACCUUGUUUGAUACGCUAUUUAUCUACCAAGGUCGUCGCCAAACUCCUUCUACCAGGCCGCUAUACGACUCUGUGUACGGCGAUUCAAGUGUGGAGUUCCCAGUAUGUGUGGAGAUGGAAAUUGUGGAUAAUAAUCUUAUAUGGACCACGGCGUGCAAAUCGAUUGCUCGAAAUGAGGACGAAACAAGUGGCCUACUUGAUGCUUUAGAUUCCGUGCUUCAGCGCAUGAUAAACGACCCACAAUCUCCUACCAUCGAAUCCGAUGGUAGCGGAAUCUCUGUAUGUGGCUUACCAAAGUUUACAAAGGCCCAGCCCAAGCGACAAGUCUCAACCCCUCGCGUCACGGAUGUGGUUAGCAGCAAAUGGUCAACUACAGAACUUCAAAUUCGCCAGGCGCUUCAUGAGCUCUCGAAUGUACCUGAGGAUAUGAUUCAGAAAGACUCGACCAUUUUCCACCUCGGACUUGACUCGAUCUUAAUCCUCAAACUACCCGCUUUGCUAAAGAAGUAUGGAAUCAAAUUGAAUGUUUCAGACAUCCUCAGGGAACAAACCAUCUACUCUAUGUCUCAACUUAUUCUUAACGCCAACCCCACCAUCCAGCAACCUGUGGGCUUUGAUGCAGUUAUUUCCAAUGCAAUUUCCAAGAUUAACCUGACGUCCGAACUCAAGGAUUUGGAGAAGAGUAUUGGAGAUAUUCAAGACGUCAUGCCUGUUACUGCUGGCCAACUCUACAUGAUUAGACAGUGGCAAGUCUCUUGCGGGACUUUGUUUUACCCGACGUUCACUUAUGCAACUACCAGUCCACUCGACAGGGCCCGCGUUGAUACUGCUUGGAAGAAACUUUUACGCAGACAUGAUAUUCUUCGAACGGGAUUUGUAGAAGUCGGUUCAGCUAUCUUGCAAAUUACCUACAAGAAUCCGGCCAAUGAAGUCGUUUACGGAGAUAAGAAAUUACCAAAUUCUGACCUGGGUUCGCCACCGGCGAGCUUGACGGUAAAAGAGGGUACGGAUGGGAACGUCAACUUCAAAUUCAGGAUACAUCACGCUUUGUACGAUGGUGUCAGCCUGCCGAUCCUCAUGGAUGAGUUUGAGUCGCUCUAUCACGGACGUGAAACGAAUACCUUGAGAGGGGAUUUCAAGCCAUUCGUGGCCCAGUCAAUACAAUCUGCUUCAUCUGCGGCUACUCAAGAGAAGUGGACCUCCUAUCUCAGGCAACAAACACCUGAGCCAUCUAAAUCAAUCAACCCCCCAUCGGGUAUCAAUCCCAACAAACGAACAGAAGUUUUCCGUCCUUCUCACCUAGUGCCCCCUCUAAAACAACGCGCCCAAGAUUCCGGUGUCAGCAUCGACGCCCUCCUACUCGCAUCCAUAGCCAAACAAUAUGCGCACUACCUUCAUACUAUAUCUUCUAUGCAAUCAACACCUAACAUCGUCUUUGGGAUCUAUCAUGCAAAUCGUGCACCAUUCGGCGAGGAUCUCUCCGACCUUCCAGUUCCAACACUCAAUAUCCUCCCUCUCCGCGUCCAUUCGCCCCUUACCAACAACAUCGCAGAGCUCGCCAAAGAGAUCCAAGCUGAUCUUUCGAAAUUAAGCAGUGCUGAUAUGGUGUGUGCUUCACUAAAGGAUAUUUAUAAGUGGACUGGAGCCCGGGUUGAUUUCGUUGUUAAUAUCUUGAAAUCCUCUGCCUUUACCGAUGUUCCUACAUCUAGGGCUGAAAGUUCGCGAUUUGAGCUGCUACAAGAUCUCCCAUCGAAGGCCGAAGUUGUGGGUUACCCACUAAAUGGAAAUAUGGCUUCUCCACAACUCGAAAAUGGAAUAUUUGACGGUUAUCCGCCAACUAUUGAUGUCGAGAUCAGGUAUCAAGAGGAGAAGAUUGAUGUGGGUGUUUUUGCCCCGAGCGAUAUGCUGUCUGUGAAUGCAGCUGAAGGGAUGAUUCAGAAGUUUAUUGAGGAGUUUUGA